UAUCUAUCUUAAACAGGCAAUGCAUACAGCCAUAUCUCAUCCAACAGACAGGAGGACUCAUCUUUACUCGCCCUGCGUACUGACUGUCUCAGUUGUCUGUCUAUGCAACACUGCCAUCUAUGGAUAAGCGUUAGUCCGCUCGCUGUUGGUCCCGCAUCACGUUGCUGCCUGUGUGCGUCCGGACGCAGCCGCCUGGACGCGCCUGUCAUCUGGAGGAAACUCCUCCCCGCAGACAGCGCGUCCUGUCGCCUUUCCAGCGCAAUGGUCUCCUGGAUCAUCUCCAGACUUGUGGUACUUGUGUUUGGUACACUAUACCCUGCGUACUCAUCUUAUAAAGCUGUGAAAUCGAAAGAUGUGAAAGAAUACGUGAAAUGGAUGAUGUACUGGAUAAUAUUUGCCCUCUUCACUACAGUGGAAGUAUUUACAGAUAUGUUUCUAUGUUGGCUUCCCUUCUACUAUGAGCUGAAGAUAGCCUUCGUGGUGUGGCUGCUGUCCCCUUACACUAAAGGCUCCAGUGUGCUGUACAGGAAGUUUGUUCAUCCCACGCUUUCCUCAAAAGAAAAGGACAUCGACGACUAUAUCGGCCAAGCCAAGGACAAAAGCUAUGACACGCUGAUGCAUUUUGGGAGAAAAGGGCUGAAUGUUGCAGCCACAGCUGCAGUCAUGGCUGCAACAAAGAGUCAAGGUGUCCUGUCAGACAGAUUGAGGAGUUUCAGCAUGCAGGAUCUGUCCUCCUAUCAGUCUGACCCCGUUAACACCGGCCCUGGCGCUACGCAGCCUGCAGCAGCAGCAGCACAGCAUCGGACCAGACCUAUAAUGCGCAGCAAGUCGGAGAGCUACAACAAGGGACAGGAUUUUGACAUGACUGAGUAUGAGGUGCUGGGGCUGGACCAGUGGGACCCGAAGGGGUUGCUCUCCCAGAGCAUUUCACCUUCUGAGUCUGAGUCCACACCAAUUACACCCUCACUGACACCCCAGUCCUCCCCACCCUCCACACCCUCUCCACCUCACACUCCUCUGGCUCUGGAGCAGCCUGAGGAGGUGGGGAUAGGGGUGCAGGCAGCAUCGAGCUCUCCACAGCUCAGGCUGAUUAAGAGGAAGGCUCCUGAGCCACCUCUUAGAGUCUUAAGGCCUCUCACAAGAUCCAGGAGUGCUCUUUCUUCGAACAAUGAAGCCAUGUGAAACUAGUCCUACUGACUACUCCAGCUGCCUUUGCUGCAAGAAGUGAAAAUACUGAAUGGCCAAAAUCUACAUGACUGAAGCAGCCUUGCUUUGGAAUAAGGUAUUACCAAAGUGACCUCUGAUGACCCCUCUAUAUUAAGUAUAAAGCUCAUUGCUUAUGAUUUAAAGAAAAAAAAAAGGUUUGUGACAUUGAGAUAGAACAAAUGAAUGAAUGAGCUCCAUGCUGAUAGCGACACUUUGAGUUUGUGGGCUAUUGAAUAUGUAUUUAUGUACAGUUUGUGUGUAUUUCUUUUUUUCUGAUUUCAUUGUUUUUAUAUAUCAGGUUCGGGCAGGCAAUUGCAUGUGUGUCUUCCCAGUCAUUAGUCCGCUGUUUAUCAAACAGAAUGUACUGUCACUGAAUACUACAGCUGGCAUUGAGAGUGACUCGCUUUUCGGGAAUGUGUUAAAAGCCAAGGAUCAAAAGAAAAGGCACGGCUGUUUUUACCCUUAUUCAAUCUGAUGUGGAGAAGCAUCUGUGAGAAUUCUGCACGGGUGAAUUAUCACAUCAAAGUAUUAAGAAAUCAGUCAAUUACUCUCAACCAUAUUCAGAGAUAAGACAACCUACCUUUGUAGUCAGACAGCAGUGACAGACAAUAUCUUGUUAUUUACCUCUUGAUUAAAGCCUUAAAGAAAGAGACAUGAAAAAAUAGAACGUCUCCACACAUGAUUUAAGUAUUUAUAACACAACUAUGUUCUCAUUAAACAAUCACUUUGCACUAUGUUUAGAAUAUAAAAUCACUGCUCUCAAAUGGCCAAUAAAAAUCACGACCAGAACAAAUGAGAAGCUGAAUAUUAUCACCAAUAACUUUAUCUUUAUUGCUUAUUUCCUCUGUGGUAAAGAAAUAAUUACUUGUGUAACAAGUGAUAGCAUUUGCAUCACAGAUAAAUGGAAGAGAUCAGUCCUAUAUGAGUUUCUCUCAGUGGAGCAGACUGUUUUUGACAAUCUACUGUUCAGUUUGUACGCAUGCUUUGUCAUUUAAUUGACAAUCUAAGGCCAAUGAGGAAUACAGUAUGUUACUUUCAGCUGUAGCAGAUAUAGACUAUAUAACAUGAGUAAAUAUUUACUGUAUAUAAACAUGGUUGUCUUUCCAUGUUUUAAAUCACUGUGUAAUGCUCUGCUGUUAACUGAGCAACACUAAACCUAUCAAUCUUACCUUCUUCUUUCUUCUUUUAUUUUGUAGGACUCUAUUGGUUUGCGGGUUUACAAACUUACAUUUAACUUAAUAUCGCGUGGUGAUACACUGUAAUUUCUCAUCCUGUACUUUUUUCACUGAGCCUGAAUCUUAGCAACAUUUCACACAAAGCGUCACUGUGUUGGCAGUCGGUGGGUGGUCUCGCGCAGUUGAUUUGUAAUUUUCAUCAUUGUAUCAGUCAUUUUCGGUGGUUUGAAGUUUGAAACAAAAGCUUCUCAGGUACAACUGUUCUGUUUACACGCCACUCACUCCAAUGUUGUAGAUACACUUGUUAUUAUGCAGAUGAGAUGUCCUUUUAAUGGAUAAAUUGUGAAAAAAAAAAUCAGAUUGUGUUUCAGCAUUAGUAGUAUCAGUGUUAGUGUUGGAGGUGAUUUCCUUCCACCAGAAUUCAUGCAAAGUAAAAUGGAGAAAAAAAAACAUGCUGCUAAGUAGCAGAUUUGUAUACUUGUGCGUAGACUGAUAAACUCAUCAUUGCAUGAUGUUUGUUAUUAAGUUGUAUGAAAAUUGGAUUUCUGAAAUGAUUUUGUGUGAAGCUGUUGGCCUCUUCAGAUGCCUUGCUGGUAAACUAUGAUUUUCGGUUGCUUUGUGGUAAGAAUAUAAAAUUUCAUGACUAUACACGCGUUGGCUGUAGAGAUACGUAUAUGAAUAACAUCUCUUAGUUACUGAUCAAUUAGCCUCUUUGACUUUACUCAUCAUGAAGACACACCACUUUACCAAACUGUCCUAGGAAAUUUAGUUCUGGCAGGCCAGAAUGUCAAAUUAAUUAAAUUUCAACUUGAUUGUGAAUUAUAAAACAAAAAGCAGUGAAGUGAUGACAUUAUGUUUUAUGGCAAUUUAUCAUUCUAAUACGUUAAAUAUUUCUGUUUAAGU